AUGGAUUCCGCUCUGCGUGCGCGCCUUGAAAAGUUCGUGCGGGAGAUGGACCCCUACGGUGACACGCCGUGUCGACGCACAGCCGAGGGUGACGAUGACCCGUCACCGCCACCUUCACCGAACCGCGGCGAUGACAUGCGCUGCUCAAACGCCGAGGAAAACGUCUGCUGCCGCGAAAUUGAUGAAGUCGUUGCCAAAGGCAACGACGAUUGCAUUACAACACACGUCGACUUCCCCAGUGUCUGCCUCAACCCUGCGGUCCUCGAGGCGGCGUAUUACGCUUUCGAUGAGCUUGGCGUGCCGAUAGAGGGAGAGAUCCACAAGAAAUACCGCUUCGUCGCCUACAGACUUUUUACCAAGUGGAUAUGGCGAAGACUUGGGCGACACAACAGGGUCGUCCUUCCUGCUUGCACCGUGGAGCGCAUACGGCGUGAAUUCCCGUCGGCAUCCUACGUCGGAUUCCGGCACCCUCCCCUGGAGGACUGA